GAGAACGUAAGAGUUUACUAUAAUUCAAAGAUUUCCGUCAAUACAAACCCGUCAUGCGUAGCGCGAGUUGAAUAAUGACCUCAGAAGCAAAUCAUCAGAGUUUCUUUAUUGAAAUCUUAUGUUAUUAAGACGUACGAAUGCAUUCAAGCUUAAUUAGCUUAUUCUAUUUCAUUUUUGGAGAGGGCUUAGGUGCCGGGUUGGGCGAUGAAUGUGGAGGCAAUGAUGCAAGCCUGCGCCGCCCAAGCUUCGGUGCUGGUGGGGGCGGAUGCAAUGGUGCCCUUGGUGAUGGGGGUGAGGGUUUGGGUGAGGGCUUCGGUGAGGGUUUCGGUGUGGGCUUCGGUGAGGGUUUCGGUGUGGGCUUCGGUGAGGGUUUGGGUGAUGGCAUCGGCGAGGGUUCGGGUGUGGGCAUCGGUGAUGUUAGCAAUGAGGCAAGCCUUCUUCCAAACUUUGGUGAUGGUGGCUUGGGUGCGGCUUUUGGUGCCGGCUCAGAUGAAUGUGGCAACGGAGAGGCCUUUGGUGCUGGCUUUGGUGAGGGUUUGGGCGCUGGCUUUGGUGCUGGAGCUGGUGGGAGUGAUGCAAGCCUUCGUCCCGUCUUUGGUGCGGGUGGAGGUGGAUGCAAUGGUGCCCUCGGUGAGGGUGUGGGUGGAUGCGGUCCCGGUCUCGGUGCGUGCUUCGGCUUCGAUGGUUCAGGCGCGGGUGAACUUGGUUUGGAUGGUGUAGGUGCUGGAGGUUUCGGUGAAUGAGGCGGCAUGGAUGGCGCAGGCACGGGUGGAUGUGGCUUGGAUGGUGCUGGUGCUGGUGCUGGUGGAUGCGGCUUGGACGGUGUCGGCGCCAUCGGCUUGAGUAUGGACGAUGUAACAUCUUCGGCUGAUGAAAGGCUGAAGAUCAUCAAUGAAACUAGAAGAGUUACACUAAUGUGCUGCUUUGAAGGGAUCCCCAUACCUGAUGAUGUUCUGAUCUUGUAUGUUUUUUAUUUGAGAGUUGUCUCUUAUUAUUGUUUGUUUGAAAUAGUGCAUGCAAUUGCG